GACACGGGGCGGCGCAAUAGACUACACUGUCUCUACCACGAUUUUUUUCUGAUUCCUUGAGAUUCUAUGGUAUGCGGAGGGGCGGUGUUCACUGGAAACAUCGCCGGGUGGAUGGAAACCUGUAAUGCCACUAGACAAGACUAGAGAAAGAUGGCAGCUGGUAACUCCUACACCAUAGUGGAAUAUUUUGGUGGGGAAGAUGGGUAUGCUUGUGGCUAUUGUAAAAGUGAAAAGGGAAAUUUUUCACAUGGGAUGUGGGCCCACGCCAUGACCGUGCAGGACUACCAGGACCUGGUGGACCGAGGCUGGAGAAGAAGCGGGAAGUACGUUUACAAGCCCAUCAUGGACGAGACGUGCUGUCCGCAGUACACUAUCAGGUGUCAUGCGCUCAACUUCCAGCCCUCGAAAACACACAAAAAAAACCUGAAGAAGAUGAGCAAAUUCCUUUCCAAAGGGGAAAUGCCCACCGAAUGUGACGGGGAACCCAUGGACUCUGUCUGUGAGGAGGGCAGACCCAGGGAGACCCCAAAAGCCUGCAGCUCUGACGUUCAGGAGCCCGUCGACGCUGUCGCCCCCGAAAAGGAGGCGGCCCCCCAGCCAGCGCAACCGGACACGCCCCAGCAGGCACCAAAACCUGAAGCUCCAAUCACAGGACCACCCGCCAUGCCCAAACCAGGCGUCGGGGCGGACCCCAGCAGACCCCCCUGCCGCAAGGCCAAAGACCUGCGCAAGGAGCGCCGGCAGCAGAAGGAGCAGCAGAGGCAGCAGGAGGGAGGGGCCUCGUCCGCAGGCUCCGCCCCCGCCUGCGCCCCGCCCACCCAGUCCAGAACGCUGGAGGACUUGAUCGCCGAGUCCCUCCCGGAAGACGCCAAACAUCGGCUGGAGGUGAGGCUAGUCCGCUCCAGUCCUCCCAGCGCGCAGUUCAAAGCCUCCUUCCACGCCUCCUACCAGGUGUACAAACUCUACCAGAUCGCCAUUCACAAGGACCCGCCCGACAAGCCCUCAGAGAGCCAGGUGAAGCUAGUGCCCGUGAGCUUUGAGGACCCUCAGUUCAUGGCGACCUUUGACCAGUCGGCGGCGCUGUACGCGCGCUACCAGACGGCCGUCCACGGCGACGCCCCCUCAGAGUGCGGGGAGAGCGAGUUCCGGAGGUUUCUAUGCGAUUCCCCACUUGAGGAGGAGACGGCUCCGGACGGGCCGGAGGCCGGGUACGGCUCCUUCCACCAGCAGUACUGGCUGGACGGGCGCAUCGUGGCGGUGGGCGUGAUCGACGUCCUGCCCACCUGCGUGUCGUCCGUGUACCUGUACUACCACCCCGACUGCGCCGCCCUGUCCCUCGGCACCUACUCUGCACUCAGGGAGAUCGCCUUCACACGGCAGCUGCAGGGACAGUCUCCCAAACUCUGCUAUUACUACCUGGGCUUCUACAUCCACUCCUGCCCCAAGAUGCGCUACAAGGGUCAGUACCGGCCGUCAGACCUCCUGUGCCCGGAGACGUACGCCUGGGUGCCCAUCGAGCAGUGCGUGCCCCGCCUAGAGAGCGCCGCCUACGCCCGCUUCAACCAGGACAUCGACGCAGUGGACGAGCGGUUCCUGAAGGACCUGGACCGGGUCCUGGUGCUGCACCGGCGGGCCGUCAUGCCCUACGCCGCCUACGCCCGCAAGCGGCGCGGCCCCAGCGACGAGCGGGAGGUGGAGCAGUACGCCAGGCUGGUGGGGCAGGCCUGCGCCGAGAGGAUGCUCCUGUACCGGGCGUAGCCAGCAGGGGGCGCUCAGCGGAGGGCGCCUCACCGCCCACUUUCACAGAAACGUCAUUAAUGUGCACAUCUUUGUGUCUGUCGGUCUGUCUGUCCGUGUCACAUUCUUGAUGCACCAUUUUACUGAAGGGUGUGGUUUGUCUGUCUGUCUUUCUGUCUGCCCGUCUGUCUCCGUCGCAGAAUUUGCCCCUUUUUCCUGCUCCACAGAUUCACUGAUUUGUAUAUGAAACCCACAGCAUAGUCACACGUGUGUCUCACUCGCUUGCAGAACACCAUUUCAUUUGACAAUGACUGAUUUGGGACGGCCCUUAAUGUUAAGAAUCCACAGUUACUGAUGCUUAGAGUCUUCAGAAGGGUUACUGAACUGUCUGUUACCUGGGGGAUACUUCAACUGCAGCGUUUUCAUCUAGAGAUCUAUGCCUCUGUGCCUCUGUGCACCUACAUCAGUACAUCAGAGUGCUUCUACUCUUUUAGAAAGCUUUUACCCCAUUCAGAGAGACCUGAGCCACUCAAAGCCAUGCCAGGUCUGUCUGUCUGUCUGUCCGUCCGUCCGUCCGUCUGUGGGAAGGCCGGGCUCUGUUCUCUGACUGAUGUGAAUGAGGUUUUGGGUUUUGGAGGUUGCAUCCCCCCCCCCCCUUCACCACACUGACCUCAGACCAGCGUAGGCCAGCGCGCAUGCGUGCGGUCUCUGGCAGAACACUGAUCUGAGGUCAGUGGAGCUGACGGGGAGUUGAUUGCGAGGGAACGGUUUAGAAAAGAGAACGCAACCGCAGCUGUGUGGGCCUGAGGCCUGAAGAGCCGACGGUCCUCCGGACGGCUUCCCACAUUGCAGUUCCCCACCGCUCCCCCCCCCGCGCCCCCAGAAUUCCACUGGGCCAGUCUUCACCCAACCUUCCAGCCCAAACACGCCGGCGACGGACGGCUCACUGUCACCCCACCUUUAUGGCCUUCACGAGAACCUCACCUUUCCACCGCUAGCUCCCGGGGGCCCGUGAGCCUGGGACCCGAUGCAGAGGAUUGUGGGAAUCGACUCACGGCGAACAAAUGAGGCUGUAGCACUGAGCGCAGAAGCAGCUAUCUGGGCAUGAAGCCAGCGCAUUAUCAGACAGUAUCCCACAAUGCCAUAGAUGCCAUAUUGCGUUUGUUGAGCCAUAUUGCACUCUUUAAUAUCAGACCAGGGACUCCUGGGUAGAAGAUAGAAGUCAACAUUGAAUGGGUGAGGGUUCAGGAAGGAGGGCCUCAUCUUUACUGAUCUGAGAUCAGUGUUUUGGUGGACUGAGUUAGUGGUUUAAGUGGUGUCCCAGGUUCAGGGGCCAGGCCUAUUUACACUGUUGGGUUGAAAAUAAUUAAGAAGGUUUUUUUUUUUAAUGUUUUAUUUUACUGCUAUGUAAUGCAAAUGCAAAAACAUGUACCCCUGAGAACCAAUUCUCAGUGCUUUUUUUUUGUCUUGUCAUGGAGACUUGUAGCUUUCAAUGAAUAUAAUUUUUCUGUAUCUUACAAUAUUAUUUUAUUGCAAACAAAAUAAAGAUAUGAACUAUUCUUUUCAUUUGCAUUGAAAGACAA